AUACUAGGAGACUAUAUAACAAUAUAUCUUGACAACGUCUUAAUAUACUUAAGCCUCAACCUAGACCUUAAGAAAUAUAUAUUUAUAGUAAAGGAAGUCAAGUAUCUAGGGUAUAUCGUAGAGGUAGAGGUCUAUAUCUAUCCUAACCUUAAGAAGAUCAAAGCUAUCUAUAAGUAG